GGGGGAUCGAAUCGCGUUGGGAGACGCAGCGCGGGCACCAACAACCCACUCGACCCCCUCGGCAGGCGUCGCGCGCGCGGCCUCGCUACUGUUCAGCGCGAGCGCUCACGCGCCUCGUGCCUCUUCUAGACUCUCUAGGUGGCGGGACGCGGGAGUCGGAGCGGCCGGCCGGCCGGCAGCGGCGAUACGAUGGUGGCCGCGGCGCGGGCGUCGGAGGUGAAGGCGGAGGGCUUCCUGCGGGGCGCGUGCGCCGCGCUGGCGGCGGCGGCGGCGGCGCUGGUGGGGCUCAGCACGCAGACCGAGACCGUGCUGCUCGUCCGGAAGAAGGCCACCGUCAAGGACGUCCAGGCCCUCUGGGUGCUGGCGAUGGCGGCGGCCGCGGCGGCGGGGUACCACCUGCUGCAGCUGCUCAAGUGCCUCUACCUCGGCCGCGCCGGCGGCGUCAACCCCUGCCGCCGGAGCAGCAGGGCGUUGGCCUGGGUGUGCCUCCUGCUCGACAAGGCGUGCGCUUACACGACGUUCGCGACGACGGUGGCGGCGGCGCAGGCGUGCGUGAUCGCGCUGGGCGGCGCGCACGCGCUGCAGUGGACCAAGCUCUGCAACAUCUACACGCGCUUCUGCGAGCAAGUCGCCGGCAGCCUCGUGCUCGGGAUGCUCGCCGCCGUCGGCACCGCCGUCCUCUCCGCCGUAUCCGCGCGCAACGUCGUCCGCCUCUACACGCCGUCGUCGCCGCCCUACGCCGCCGGGCACUAGCUCCCUCUGGGCCCACGGCGUCAGCUGGGCCGCGUGGGCUUCUAUGAAGAAUCUGACAAUGGGCCAUGGUGAAGUGUAGGCCUAUGAGAAAGGUGACUUGGGCUGUCAAGAUGGAGAUAGUAGAAUUCUACAUACUUUGGACUGUGUGCUAUCUAAAAACAGGUGUACUUUUAUGGUUUUUUUUUGCUUCUGUUGCAUUUGAUACUCAAUCCGUCCCAAACUACAAUUCAUUUUGGCUAGAUCUAUAAUUUUUAUUAUAUAUCUAAAUAUAGUGUACAUCUAGAUGCAUAGCAAAAUAUAUGUAUCUAGAAAAGCCAAAAUAAAUUGUAAUAUGGGACGAAGGUAGUAUGUAUUAGUGGAGACAUGAGUAUGUAUGUACGCUAGUGUAUCUGUAUGUAUUUACAGUGUACUUUAAUAGAUAAUAAUAUGCUACAUCUUACCUGCUGUGCAGCUAAAGAAAAAAAA